AUGUUUGUGAAGACUUCACUUGGUAGUUCUGAAGAGUUGUUGGUCUCUGUUGCUAAGAGAUUGAUUGUGUUGGAUGGUUCACACAAUCUUAGAGAACGCUUGUUCAUCCUUCUGCUUUCGAAGCGCAUCAGACAUGGCUUUAAGGAGCUUCAUAGCUUAAUGGGAAUGUCAUUUCAUAGUUGCUGCUUCUUGUUGGACGAUAUUUCUUUAGUCAUUAUCAGUUCUUUAGGCAAGCAAAAUCCAGCUGUAUCCUCCCUUAUUGAUGUUGCUGUUGGGGGCCAAGUUCUAGUUCGUCCUCUGGUUUUUGCUGGCCCUGCAUUUCAGCAGUCCUUACUCUUCCUUUGUUGCCUACGAUUCCUUGAGAACAUGCUGCAGUUUGAGGCAAUGUCAUUGCCAUUUCUGUUAUCUUCGACUAUGCAAUCAAGCUUUUAUUCCUCAAGAGAUGUUCUAAGCAUGGGGGAGUUUUGUUUUCCUUGUGGAUAUAGAGCACUGCAGUUUAUACUUCCCUGGUUUGCUUUGGUGCAACAAGUUCAGUCACAAGAAGCUGUUUUCAAUUCCAAGCACAUGGAGCCUUCACGGAUUCCUCUUAAUUACAGUGAGGCUUAA